AUGCCGGUUAGUAGCAUCCCUCAGCACACACCAGGCGGUCAGGAGCUGACGCUGGCAAAGCAUUACAUCGGCCCGGCGUCGUCGAUCGACGGACAAAGUGACCACUUUGCGAGCGUUAAGCCCGACCGUCUCCAAGAGAAAUGCGAUAGAAUCAGUUUAUUGUCGAGUUUUAUGGAGGCGCGGCUCGGUAACGGCAAAAACAUCAUUGUUUUACGAUGCUGGCGUCAAGUGCGGGCGAAGCGAUGCGCCCUGCGGAACACCCCUCCGUUAUCCGGGGCCGCGGCACCUCGUCCCGCG